AUGGGCGAAUCUCGGCAAGAACUCGUUCAAUGGCUGAACAACCUCCUCCAGCUCAACAUCACCAAGGUUGAGCAAUGCGGCACCGGCGCUGCGCUCUGCCAAGUCUAUGACAGUAUAUACAUGGAUGUGCCCAUGCAUAAGGUCAAAUUUAAUGUCAAUGGCGAAUAUGCAUACGUUCAAAAUUUCAAGGUGCUGCAAAGCACUUUCGCAAAGCACCAGAUCGAUAAGCCUAUUCCUAUCGAGCAGCUCGUCAAGUGCAAGAUGCAGGACAACCUCGAAUUUCUGCAGUGGACGAAAAAGUUUUGGGAUCUCAACUUCCCCGAUCACGAAUACGACGCCGUCGCCCGCCGAAAGGGAGGUACGCUUGCGACGGGCGGACCCAGGCCACCAGCAGCUUCCAGUGGUGGUGCCGCGCGAAGAGGCGGCGUCACGCCGAGUGCCCCUGGCCGCGCCGCCCCUAGAACCGCCAGCGCGCCCUCCGCGGCCCUCCAGCAAGAGAAUGCUACGCUGAAGGAGACUGUUGUUGGUCUCGAGCGCGAGCGCGACUUCUACUUCAGCAAACUGCGCGAUAUUGAACUUCUCAUUCAGCAGGCCGUUGACGAGGAUCCUGAGCUUGACAAGCAGGAAGAUGGCCUUGUCAAGCACAUCCAAACUAUCCUGUACUCGACCGAAGAAGGCUUCGAAAUUCCUGAAGAGGGAGAAGCAGCAGAGGACCAGGAGACUUUCUAA